AUGGAAAAAAGCACCGAGACCAUUGUUUCUUAUUUACCCGGCUCGACCUUCCCAAUUGUCAGUCAUGGUCUUCCAUUUGAAGAAGCCUGUGCCAAGCAUCUCACAUCUACUCUCGGUUGCAGCAAGGCAUUCGUGGUAGCAAGUGGGUCUCUCAGUCGCCAGACAGAUGCCCUGACUCGCCUGGAGAAUGCUUUGGGGCCUAUGGUAGUUGGAACACGCCAGGGAAUGCAGCCACACACGCUGCUGACCGAAGUCCUCGAGCUUGCAGCCCAAGUGAAAGCAUGCCGGGCAGACUGCCUAAUCGCCGUAGGAGGUGGAACUUUAAUUGAUGCAGCAAAGAUAGUGGUUUUUGUAAGGGGAAUAACAACUAUGGAUGCCUUGAUAUCCGAAACGCAGGAGGGCAUACAAUUCAAAGGAUCCCUUCCUUCCUGGGAACCUAACCGCGAGUCAAACCUACUAAAGAUCAUAUGCAUACCAACCACACUCUCCGGCGGGGAAUUCAACCUCCCAAUCGCCGCAGGUGUUGAUCCCACAACUUUUCACAAGUACCUGGUCUAUGAUCGCACUGCCCCCGGACCGUCCCUAAUCAUCUGGGACCCAGUCCUAACCACCUCCACACCCCUCCGAACAUGGAUAGGCACAGGGAUCCGAGCCCUCGACCACUGCGUUGAAUCCUACGCAGGCGGCUCACGCGCCAAUGUCGAAGCACAAGACUGCGCAGUGCGCGCCAUCCGAUUACUCCUCCCCGCACUCCUACACACCAUCGACUCCCCUCACAAUCUGGAAGCCCGAUUAUCGGCACAAGAGGGGAGCAUGCUAGCCAUUAAAAGCUCAUUCUUUUAUCACGGUCCAGCCGGCGCAAGCCAUGGAAUUGGUCAUCAACUCGGUGCUCUGGGCGUUAGCCACGGUGAAACCAGCGCGAUCAUUAUGCCCGCUGUAGCCAAGUUCAACAAGCCUGCCGUCCAAGCCCAACAGAAAACCUUACUCAACGAAGCCUUCUGGUCCGAACCUAUAAUCGCCAAGGUCCUCCUGAACCGGGGUCUAAAGGAAGACACAGCGGACCUUAGUCAGGUGUUGGAUCGGAUCAUCCGAGCGCUGGGUCUACCCCGAAGCUUGGCCGAGGUAGGUAUCGGCAGGGAGAAGUUCUUGCAGGUUGCGGAAAGGAGCAUGAAUGAUUGGUGCUGCCAACAGAAUCCGAUGCCGUUGACGAGUCCUGCGCAAGUUGUGGAAAUACUGGAGUUCGUAGAGGUGGGAGCUCAAGGCGAUAGUGCGUAGGGUGUCACAGCACAUAUAAUUCCACUGAGUCGUGUCACCGACGCUGACUGUGGCCAGCAAGCACUCUUAUGUAUUACGCUUUCCAGAAUUAUCGGUCACCUCAGUUUGAAUCUUGAAG